GCUGUAGCCCCAGACAUGGUCUCGUGCAGACGGAGUUUGAAUACACAGCCGCACGUGCCGUGCUGUCACGCUCCGGUCCGGUGUCGGUUGACAGGAAGAGGCGGCGGGAAGGAGGAGCCGCUGCGGUACCACUUUGUGUUGCCGCCGCUCCAUUUCCUCGUCUCGCCCCGCACUCUCAAGCUCCCACCAGCUCACUCCUCUCCGCGGGACGGUAAACUUCCAGAAACUCACAAAAUGUACCGAUACCUCGGAGAGCUACUCACCCGGGGAGCCAGCAACGUCUUGGCCUCGGGCUGCUCCGCCGCCGCGGACUCCGCGCUGCCGGCGUCCGCGUCCCUGCUGCGGUACCGCGGCUACAGCCAGGCCGUGGACCGGGACGAUGACCCCAACUUCUUCACCAUGGUGGAAGGCUUCUUCGACAAGGGUGCCGCUAUCGUGGAGGACAAGCUGGUGGAGGACCUGAAGACCCGGGAGAGCCCCGAGCAGAAGAGGAAGCGAGUCCUCGGGAUCCUGCGGAUCAUCAAGCCGUGUAACCACGUCCUGAGCGUCAGCUUCCCCAUCAAGAGAGACAGCGGGGAGUGGGAGGUGAUCGAGGGCUACCGGGCUCAGCACAGCCAGCACAGGACGCCCUGCAAGGGAGGUAUCCGCUACAGCACAGAUGUGACAGUAGACGAGGUGAAAGCUCUGGCCUCGCUGAUGACGUACAAAUGUGCUGUCGUUGAUGUGCCAUUUGGUGGAGCCAAAGCUGGAGUGAAGAUCAACCCGAAGAAAUACUCAGACAACGAGCUGGAGAAAAUCACCAGGAGGUUCACCAUCGAGCUCGCCAAGAAAGGCUUCAUCGGGCCCGGCAUCGAUGUUCCUGCUCCAGACAUGAGCACCGGUGAGCGGGAGAUGUCCUGGAUCGCCGACACCUUCGCCACUACCAUGGGACACUACGACAUCAAUGCUAGCGCCUGCGUCACCGGGAAGCCCAUCAGCCAGGGAGGGAUCCACGGUCGCAUCUCCGCCACCGGUCGAGGAGUUUUCCACGGCAUCGAGAACUUCAUCAACGAGGCGGCCUACAUGAGCCAGCUGGGGAUGUGUCCCGGCUUCCAGGACAAGACCUUCGUCAUCCAGGGGUUCGGUAACGUCGGUCUUCACUCCAUGCGCUACCUUCAUCGUUUUGGAGCGAAGUGUGUCGGAGUCGGAGAGAUGGAUGGCAACAUCUGGAACCCCAACGGCAUCGACCCCAAAGAGCUGGAGGACUACAAACUGGCUAAUGGGACCAUCGUGGGUUUCCCGAACUCGACACCGUACGAGGGAAGCAUCCUGGAGGCUGACUGCGAUAUCCUUAUCCCUGCUGCCAGCGAGAAACAGCUGACGAAGAGCAACGCACACAAGAUCAAGGCCAAGAUCAUCGCAGAAGGAGCCAACGGUCCGACCACACCUGAGGCUGAUCGCGUCUUCCUGGAGAGGAACAUCAUGGUGAUCCCGGACAUGUACCUGAACGCCGGCGGUGUGACAGUUUCAUACUUUGAGUGGUUGAAGAAUCUGAAUCACGUCAGUUACGGUCGACUCACCUUCAAGUAUGAGCGAGACUCAAACUACCACCUGCUGAUGUCGGUCCAGGAGAGCUUAGAGAGGAAGUUUGGGAAACAUGGAGGCGCCAUUCCUGUGGUCCCCACGUCUGAGUUCCAGGCUCGCAUCGCUGGAGCCUCUGAGAAGGACAUCGUUCACUCUGGUCUGGCUUUCACCAUGGAGCGCUCUGCCCGGCAAAUCAUGCGAACAGCCAACAAAUACAAUCUGGGUUUGGACCUGCGGACGGCCGCGUACGUCAAUGCCAUCGAGAAGGUGUUCAAGGUUUACAGCGAGGCCGGCCUCAUCUUCACAUAGACCCUCCUCCAUCCACGUCUGUUACCUGUCACCUGUUUGACUGUUUGUUACCUGAAUGUCUGUUACUAGUCUGACUGUUACCUGUCUGUCAGUCUGUCUGUCUGUCUGUAUCAUCUGUAUUUCAAUCGGUAUCCGUUUACGUUCUGCACUUCAUCUCAUCGCGUUCAUUCCUUCUCUUCACGUCUGUUUACCUUCUUUUUCUUUGAUUUAUAAUACACCUGCGGUUCACAGCUUUAAUGCUCCCACGCUCGCCUGAAUCGCUGCUCUGCUGCUUUGUGUACAUAUCAGGAGGAAUUAUUUAAAAAAAUAGAAGCCUUAACUUCACAGAGGAACUUUUCACCGUUUGCCUGUGACACACUGAGUGGCCAAAAGUAAAUGGACACCAUUUAAAAAAAACUCAGAGCUGAAACUGUUUGAACCAAAGAUUCCCAACCUGUAGAGUCACCAGAUUAUUCAUUAUAAGAUAAAAAACAUGCAAACAUACAAAAUAAUAUAGUUUUUUUCCCCAUUUUUUCCUCUUUAUUUACCCCUUUCUUAAUUAAAGUUUUUUUUUUUUUAAAUCCUCAAACAAAAGAAAAGGGUAAAUAAAAUGAAAAAAAAGUUUUUUUCCCCCCUCCUUUAUGUAACUUUUUCUUAAUUAAAGGGUAUUUUUUUCCAAAUCCUCUAACAAAACACUCUGGUUUAUUUGCUAGUAGAUUAUAUUUAGUUCUAAAGCAUCACAAAUCGAAAAAGCUCGAGGUGAUUGGUAUAAAAUUUGCUGAUAAAUGGAGAAAUAAAGGUGAAUAUCAGUUAUUCCUUCCUAUUAAAUGUAAACAAUUUUAGUUUUUCUUCACCUGUAAUAAUGUUAAACUGAGUAUCUUUGGGUUUUUUUACAUUUGGGGAAGUUAUCAUGAAGAUUUUUAACUGAAACUGCAACUAAUUAACUUUUUUUAUCAAAAAAUAAUCAGUAUAGUAUAGUUAAACUGCAGAUUGUUAACCUUUUUUAAUGCAAUAAAAUAAAAUAAUAAAAAAUGUUUACCCAAAGUGGCUAUAAAGCAGCCAAAAAUCAUUCAAUUCUCACUUUAAAAAGUUGAAUUCACAGAAUUUUUUGCUGUUUAUGCUUUAAAAAAUAUCAGAUUUUUUGAUUUACUUCACAGGGAUGGUGCACGUUAAUAAUCACAAGUGUUAUUGCACAAUAGAGGGAGAUUAUUAUGAUUUAAAAUCUAAACAAAUGAGUGUCAGAUUGUUAUCAGGUGUCCACAUACUUUUGGCCGCUUGGUCUACAUUUUGUCUCCAGGAGAGCUCAUAUAAUUUAUCUUCUUUUUAUAUAAUACUGUGCACACGUGCCUCAGGACUGUAGCUUUAGUAUUUACUGCCUUUGGAGGUGCAAAAGUAAUUUUAUUAAAGGACUAUUCUGUCUACUUUUUGUGUAUUUUAAGAGCAAUAACUGCAAAAUCCUGUUUACUGUCGUUUCUAAAGUCAUCCAUUGGAGUGAUUUCCUUCUCUUCUGCAGAGCGACAAUGAAACGUGGAGUCGUGACACUUUAAAGCAGCUUUGAGGCGUCUUACCUUCUGCUGUGAAGACAUGCUACAAAUAAUAGUUUAGUCUGUGAAAACAACUACAAAUGUCUUGUUCUGUGCAUCUAAAACUCUCAAAUAUUCAGUUUACAACCAAUUAGGACAAUAAAAGCACCAGAUUUUCUUCUCUUAGAUGCAGAAAUCUGGAAAUAUUGUGAGUUUUUUCACAAUUUUUGCUUUAAAAAAUGAGCAAAACGAUAUUUUUCCUUCAGUCGACUAAUCAGUUGGAGGUAAUCAGUUAUUAUUAAUGUGUGAGCUGCUUGCUAACACAUUAAUAAGAACUCACAGCAACAUUACAGUGUUUCACAAACAAAAAAUUACUCCAACUGUGGCCUGUUGACUUUGUUUUUAAGCACUUAAUGGAUGGUUAAAACGGCUCCUUCACACGUUGUCAAAUCUCUGUGAGUUUGCCUUAAAGGUCUGAUGCUGAACUUUGUCACUUUCCUUCUGAACAUUCAGAAAGUUGCUAUAAUCAAUAAGUAAACUAUGCAGACACAAAUCGAGCUGCUUGAACGCUUGGCUACCUGGUAAAGUUAAGCUUCAUCUCUCAGGGUGGAAAACGCAGUUUUGGUCGAAACAUGCUGCGUGAAUGGAGGGAAAACAAGUUUAUUUUCUGUCUUUCAGCCGACUUUUUUCACUGCUUUGAUUUUUUGUGAAAGUUUUUAUGGCUUUUUUUGUUAAAAUGACAAAAUAAAGGAAAGAAAGAGA